AAUUUUACAGAUAAGCAAAACAUUCCAAUGGGGCUAUGUGGACUCUUGGCAUUAUAUUUAUGACUGCUAUCUCCAUAUGCGGAAGCCAACCGCCUCUUAAGUGCAAAAAAAUGGUUCCAGACGUUCAUGAUCCCCACUGUGGCAUCGGUACAAAAUGUCAUUUUAAUGGCUUAAAUAAAUGGAUCAUUGGAUACGAGGCAUGUACGCGACUACAACUCGGACUCGAAGGCUUUUUAAAGAAAUUUUACGAUAUAAGCUCAAAUCUCAAAGAAAACAAAACAUUCGAAUGGCGCUAUGUGGACUCUUGGCAUUAUAUUCAUGAUUGCUAUCUCCAUAUCCGAAGUGAGAUUGCAAACUACGUGUAACAAGACGGUUCCAAGCGUUCAAGAUCCCCACUGCGGCCACGGUAGCAAAUGUCACUUUAACGGCUUCAAUAAGUGGGUAACCGAAUUCGAGGCAUGCCGGCGCAAGGAACUAGGACUCCCAGACUUUAUAAAGAUACAACGCGGCCUGUGUCCCAAAGGCGGCAAACCACCGUGCCCUAGUGUAGGCGAAAAAAAUCCUGGCAAGAAAGGAUAAUUUUGAUUAGAACUAUGCUUUAUAAUACCACCUGGUAAAAAGAAUAAAAUUUAUUUCGAGUUUAUUGUUAUUUACGUUAUAUGAAACAUAAAUAAAUAACAAGUUAAAUUAAUAUAAAACAUAAGACAUUUGAAUUUCUACAGUAGACGGAGAUUUCUGCUCAGAAUCAUGUAUAAAUUUCAUAUUGGGAUUCUCAUUGCGUCGUUGGAGACUCUCGCUUUAUGGAAAUUAAUAAAGAUUUUGAGAAGAAAUUAUUUUCUUAACUUUAUUAAACGAAUCCUAUUUAAAUUUCACAGAUAUUUUUGCUUUUUACGCUAUAACCUAUAAGCUCAAAUGUCACAGAAAAACCAAACAUCCGAAAAGCGCUAUGUGGACCCUAGGCAUUUUAUUAUUGAUUGGUGAGUUUGAGAAGCUAAAUAAUAGUCCAAACUCAUAUCUCGUAGCAUCAUAGCUAUGUUUACAUCCGCAAACAGGGUAUCUAGGUGCAGAGCAAUCAUUCCAUUAGUUCGGGAUCCCCAUUGCGGCUUUGCCUCUAAUUGUAACACUAAUGCUAUUAAUAAGUGGGUCAUCGCAUUCGAGUCAUGCAGGCGAAAGGAACUCAAUGUCUCAGGUUUGAUAAAUGUAGUUGCAAAUAUUAAAACCAUUAAAGGUGUAUUUUUUGGCAGACUUUAAAAAAGUACUGCGUGGAAUGUGUCCCAAAGGCGACAAACCACCGUGCUCACAAAUUCCAAAAGCUUAAUAGGGAAUGAAAUAUAUUACGUUUAUAAAGUGAA